CAAAAUAUUGUCUUAGAAAUAAAUCAAAAGUGUCUCUCAGCAAUGCGAUGGACGUACGCAACCCCGCCUACAUUAGCAGGUUGGUAACAGCGCUUUGCUCUCCUCCUCCUGCAAACUCAUGGACCGCUUUCCGUGCUGUUGCUGUCUUUGGGCCCUCUCUGCGUCCUUUAGCAAAAAACCGCCCAAAAAACAACAACAAGCCGGCGUCUCUUGGGCGGAGGCUACCUGCUGCAACUCAGCAUUGCUUUAUCCUCGCUGGAAGCCACGCAAGGGCAGCUGCGUAGCCUGCGAAAAGGCUGCCGGCGACACACGUGGGUGAAAUGUGUCAUAUGCUGUGCAAAAAACGCCAGCCAAGUUGCUAGAGGGCGUGUGCGCGAGUAGUCGAGGUAAACUGACACUUUGGAAACAGCGCAGGCAGCCGCAGCUCGGGGGAUAAAAAACACACACAACUCCAAUGCCCAGCAUCCGGAAAGGGGGAAACAAUUUGCUUCUGUCUGAAGUUUUCCAAGCGGGGGAAACCGACUUGACUUCCAGAAGGCAGCGGCAGCGCCCUCUGGUCCCUGGCUGCAAAGGUUAGUCGCUCCGCUCCCGGCCUCCAGCCGCCUGCAAAAGCGAAGAGCAGCUUUGCUUAUCUAGAAGAGCAGCCUGUGUGUGGUGUCUGUCUCGCUGGACCGCCUACGCAGUCGCCCUCCGAAACGCAGAGAUAACUAACAGAUCUCUGUUGGAUUAUUGGAAGAAAGGAAAGAUUUUACCAGCAUGAGUGCAAAAAAAUUUUCUGACAAGAAGAUAGGAACUGGAUCUUUCAAAACACAGUAUAUCUGCGCUGUGUUUUCCUUGGGAAUAUUGCUCUUGCCUGUUCCUGGAACAUCAAAACAAAAUGUACCAAGAGUUAAGCUCUCCUAUAAAGACUUGCUGCUUUCCAACAGCUGUGUUCCAUUCCUGGGCUCAGCAGAGGGCCUGGAUUUUCGAACCCUGCUGCUGGAUGAAGAGAGGGGGCGGCUGCUUCUCGGCGCUAAGGACCACAUUUUUCUGCUCAGCUUGGUUGAUUUAAACAGAAACAUAAAGAAGAUAGUUUGGCCAGCAGCAAAGGAUAAAGUGGAUUUAUGCAAAUUGGCUGGAAAAGAUGCCCAUACAGAAUGUGCCAACUUCAUCAGAGUCCUUCAGCCUUACAACAGGACCCAUGUUUAUGUCUGCGGUACGGGCGCUUUCCACCCGGUCUGUGGCUACAUAGAACUUGGAACACACAAAGAGGAAAUGGUAUUUAGAUUUGAAGUGCAGAACUUGGAGUCUGGCAGGCUGAAAUGUCCUUUUGAUCCUCAACAGCCUUUUGCAUCUGUCAUGGCAGAUGAAUACCUUUAUUCUGGAACUGCAUCUGAUUUCCUUGGCAAGGAUACUGCUCUAACACGUUCUCUGGGCUCUUUGCAAGACAACCAUUACAUCAGAACGGAUAUUUCUGAACAUUACUGGCUCAGUGGAGCAAAAUUUAUCGGAAUCUUCCCUAUCCCAGAUACAUAUAAUCCAGAUGACGACAAAAUAUAUUUCUUUUUUCGAGAAGUUUCUCAAGACAGCAGCACAUCAGACAAAGCAAUCCUUUCCCGAGUUGGCAGAGUUUGUAAGAAUGAUAUGGGAGGUCAACGUAGCCUAAUAAACAAAUGGACAACAUUCCUGAAAGCAAGGCUGGUAUGCUCAAUACCUGGUCCUGAAGGAGCAGAUACACAUUUUGAUGAGCUACAGGAUAUAUUCUUGCUUCCAACAAGGGAUGAAAUAAAUCCUAUGGUCCAUGGUGUCUUCACUACUACCAGCUCUGUUUUCAAAGGCUCUGCUGUUUGUGUGUACAGUAUGGCAGAUAUUAGAGCGGUUUUCAAUGGACAUUAUGCACAUAAGGAGAGUGUGGAUCACCGUUGGGUUCAAUAUGAAGGGCGGAUUCCAUACCCCAGGCCUGGUACAUGUCCAAGCAAAACAUAUGACCCACUAAUCAAGUCCACAAGAGACUUUCCAGAUGAUGUCAUUAGCUUCAUACGACGUCAUCCAGUGAUGCACAAAUCCGUCUACCCUGUAACUGGAGCACCUGUGUUCACUCAAAUUAAUGUGGACUACAAGCUGACUCAGAUUGUUGUGGAUCGUGUUAUGGCCGAAGAUGGCCAAUAUGACAUCAUGUUCCUGGGGACAGAUAUAGGAACAGUACUGAAAGUUUUGAGUAUAACCAAGGAGAAGUGGGACAUGGAGGAAGUAAUACUGGAAGAGAUGGAGAUAUUCAAGCAUCCAUCUCCUAUCUUGACCAUGGAGAUGUCCCCAAAGCAGCAACAAUUGUACAUUGGUUCCAGAGAUGGAUUGGUUCAGCUCUCACUACACAGAUGUCACACGUAUGGAAAGGCUUGUGCAGACUGUUGCCUUGCCAGAGACCCAUACUGUGCUUGGGAUGGAAAUUCAUGUUCCAGAUAUACACCAACCUCUAAAAGGCGUGCAAGGAGGCAAGAUGUCAAAUAUGGAGACCCAAUUACCCAGUGCUGGGAUGUUGAAGACAGCAUUAGUCAUGAAACUGCUGAUGAAAAGGUGAUUUUUGGCAUUGAAUUUAAUUCAACGUUCCUGGAGUGUAUUCCAAAGUCCCAACAAGCUUCUAUUAGGUGGUUUGUUCAGCGUCCUGGAGAAGAGCAUCGGGAAGAGCUGAAACCAGAUGAAAGAAUCAUCAAAACGGAAUAUGGACUCUUGAUCCGCAGCUUGCAGAGAAAAGACACAGGGGCUUAUUAUUGCAAAGCGCAGGAACACACAUUUGUACAAACCAUUGUGAAGUUAAAUUUAAAUGUCAUAGAGAACGGGCAGAUGGAAAGUACUCAGAAGACAGAAGAUGAUGAGGGGCAGGCGAGGGAUUUGUUAGCUGAGUCACGACUGAGAUACAAAGAUUACAUCCAGCUUCUCAGCAGUCCCAGUUUCAGCUUGGAUGAGUACUGUGAGCAGAUGUGGUACCGGGAAAAGAAGCGGCAGCGUAACAAAGGUGGACAAAAGUGGAAACACGUCCAAGAGAUCAAGAAGAAACGGAACCGCAGGCACCACCAAACUGCCAACCAACACACUCAACCCGUGUCUACAUAGUUUGUGCAUUUUAUUUAAGGAAAGGACAUGUUAUGCAAAUGGAAAUACUUUUGUUAGAUUUGAUGGGCCCUUCCUGUUGAUAUUGCUUGUCAAGGGACCAGACAAUGCAUUGUCAUUUAAUGUAUAUGAGACCCCAUGGCAGAAUAUACUAGCAGUUGGGAAAUUUCUUUAGGAGCUGUGCACUAUUCAGUCAUUCUCAGACAUGAACUGUGAUAAUUUUAUUUGCAGCUCAGGUUCUGAAGCAUUAAUUUAUCUAAUGAAUCAGAUGGCUGUUCUGUUCUUUUCCUUUAAAACUAUAUUCCCUGGGCUUAUUGAACAACUGCUUGGUUCCACAAUAGACCUGUCUGCAUUUGAAAGCAGGCUGGAUAUAUUGGUGUAUAAAGGAAUAUUAAGAAUGAAAGCUAAAGGAUAGUCCAUCAGGCAGACAAAACAAAGAGCAGUCACCCAUUAGGCUUAUAUGUAACUUCAUGGAUGAUGUUUAGCUAACACAGAGAGUCAAAUAGCUGACCAGUCUCCCAGCAGAGCCCUUUCCCCUCACCACCACCAUCCUGUCCCUGGGCAAGACUCAGCCUGUACAUGAAGGCAUCACCAUAUAGAAAUGGAUCGCAGAAGCUGAGCAUGAAGUGCCUGCGGUACAUGCAUCCUGCCCCCAGCUGCAUAAAUGGAAACCUACCCCCUGCCAUCCACACAGUGUGCCAUUAUUACAACCAGUGCAUACUUCUGCAACAGGCCUGGCACUGCUUCCAGGACUGUAAAGGACUUUACACAUCUGAAAUACCUGGCUCCUUCCUGUUUCCUCCAAGGCCAAAUGAUGCAGCUUGGUAAGCUGAGAUCCCCAAGAAGAACUUCCAUCCACCAUGGAAUGUCCCCAGCAGACAGUGAGCAUGCAGGGCCCCAGUGUGCUCAGCUGCACAUUCACAUUUCCUGACCAUCAUGGACAGACUGGAUCAUACCCUAAAUUAGGCAGUCAUGUUUAGUCAUAAAAAGCAAAAGUAAUCAUAGCUUUAUAGGAAGCAAUGUAGUGCUUUAUUCAUUAGGGUGUAAGUAGCAACCAGUUUGAAGGCCAUCUGCUGAGAUGACAUAUUGACUCAAAUUGGAACUGCCAGCAAAGAUACUCAGGAGUAAAAUAUCUAAGAAGCAUGCAGGAGGUACACACACAUAUCCUAUUAGUAAGUCAUGGGAUUUCUGCCAGCACCUCUUAUGUUUGUCUCUAAAGAUUCCCCCCGACAAACAUGUCUCAUCUCCCCUCUGUUACUUCUUUGCUGCUUAGCAUUUCCUUAUUUGAUACAAAACCAAAACUCAAUCCACCAAGGAAAAUAAAGGACACAAUUUCCUAAUGUGUGGUGGAAACAGCUCUUUACUUAAAUUUGUAUUCUUUUUGCAGAGGUCUUGUAUAUUUUAGAGACAGUGAUGCAUUAAGGGAAUUUGUUUUAUAUUUUUGCUGAAAUGAAAUGAAAGCAAAGUGUAUGUGUAAAUAACGCACAAGUUAGAGAUGGACAGCUUUGCAGUUUACAAUAAUAUUCUUUGUAAAAUGUUUUUAAUUUUACUUUUCUACUGUGUGAUAGAUUCAGUCUUCCUGACUGAAUUGGCAUCUGGCUCUGAUGCCAGCCUGAUUUACACCAGGCUAUUACUGGGGCUCAGUCUAUGAGCUUCAUUGAAGCUAGUUUAUAGUUGCAGAAAUGAGAUCACAGAAGACCAGCAUCUCAUCUUAAGAUUUGCAGGCUGUUUCUGCAGUACUGCCUCCUUAGCAGUGCACACCCGCUCGCUCUCACACACAUACCCUACCCCACACCCCUGUUUUGCUUUUCACGCGUUUUUGAGUGUGAAAUGACAAAUUAGCCACUUCCUCACAUGGAAGAAAGUUUUGAUGGAUACCAAAAUGACAGAUUUUCCUUGUUUCUCAUGCAUUCUACUCAUCUUUGGAGCAAAGUCUGUGGGAAACCCAUGUAAUUGGUGUGCCACUUAUUAAAGCAAAGUCCAGCUUUGACUCUGAGCCCUGGAAAAAAUAGUAGUGUUAUCUGUUGCUGUGUAUAUAUAUAUUGUACAGUUACAUUGUGUUCUGUAUUUGUUUGGAUAAAGUGGUAUAUGUGUGGAGAAUAUAAAUUUUCUUGAUUCAUACAGUCAUAAAAUAACCUAAUCAGAGAUUUAAAUCAUACAAGCAAACAUUUAACCAUAUUAUGCAUUUGAGGUCCUAAUUGCCCCCAAAGCUGUAUAAGCAUAUGGCAGUUAGAAUUAGGAGGUGUUAACCAUUCAGAAUUAGUGAGUGCAUGCGUCUGUAAAAUCCCACAGAAAUUAAUGAUGGGGUCAUUACAGAUCCCAGAUAGUUGCUGUUCUGUCAUAUAAACAGUGGCUGACAUCCAGACUAACACUGCUCCAAUGCACCAGCAUUUUCUGACAUUCAAUGGGGAAAACAUCCUUUCCCUCACAGCUAGGAUUUGCAACUGUGUUCUUGAGUACUUCAGGUACAUGGUUCUGGGAGACACAGGUAACUGCAGAGGGAAGGGAAUAUAAUUUUUUUAAAGGCCCUUCCGCCAUUGCAUGACAGAAAACACAUUGGUGCAGUGUUUGGAUUGCCAAUAGUUUUAAUACAUUUUUAAAAACAUUAAAUUGGAGUUAAAAUUUGGAGGUUUUAAAUAUAUGACUUGAUUUGGAGUUCAUUUGGCAGCAAAAUCAAAUUAGUAACGUAGUUGGGUUUUUUUUCCAAAUUAGGAGAAAUUGACCUUAUUCAAUCAAAGUAUGCAUGAAUUAAUAUGUCAGAGGGGUGCUAACUUAUAUAUCCUUGUGGACCACUCUGUUCUCUAGACAUUAAUCAGCGCCUUGAAGGGUAUCUGACACACAAACUAACCUCCUGACAAAAGGUCAAAAUUUAUUGACCCCAAAACAGCAGCAGCAUUCAACAGUAAUGGGUUCACCAAUAUGAAUCCUAUGAACCUGCUCAUAGCUAGGGCAGGCAAAAUCCACAGGAGACAUGUAACAUGAAAUUUGGAAUAUCUAUGUUCCUUACAAGAGAAAAAUGGGUCAAACAUUUGGUUAUGACCAUCAGGAGCCAGUCAAACAUUUUGGGGAGCUAAACAUCAGUUUGCCACCUCUGAUGUAAAUGUGCCACUAGUUUUUAGUUAAGAAAAUGACUUAAGUAAAAAAAUAUUUGGUUAUGUGAUCAGAACCUUUCAAAUUGUAAAGCACUACAUGCUAUGAUUAUCUGGUGCCUUUCAAUAAGGAAAAUUAUUUUUUCCUUGUAUAUCAAGCACUUUUGACAGCAGUUCCUCCUCUGGCAUAUUCCCCCCCACCACCCUUUGGUUGAUGUUGGUUAACAGCCAGGAGCGCAUGAGAAUGAAGGGUCUUGCCUCUGUACAAGAAACUGACCUUCAAGAGGCAGGAUCAAAAGCCACUGGCCACAUUCUAGAUACCCGCUUUCUGCUGCAGCUCCUCAUAACUUCCAAAUAGUCACUUGAGAGGGUCAGUGGACCAUCUAGCAUGGACUCAAUUUAAAAUAAUCCUGUUGUGCUCAUAGGUGCACUUGGGCAUAGUCAAGUCCAAUGUGCAUUGUUCUAAAAUCCUGUGCUAUUAAACACAGCAACUGCAGCACUGUGCAUAGUAACAACUGUCAUUGGUGAUGCUUUAGUUCUAUAGUUUUUCAUUUUCUUGUCUUCUGGGAACCCUUUCCACAUUCACUUGUUUACUAAGAAACCGGGUGUUUAAGUUGCAUACUCAGUUCAAAUGGAGAGUUUGCCAAGCUUCUUAAAGCCUCACUGUUAUCCCACAUGACAGUGAGUUGUGACAAAUCAUGACAGUAAAUUGACUGAACACCCUGGUUUAAAAAUAAUAAUAAUAAAUUAAUAUUAAUAAGAAGUGCUUGAUGUACGUUAAGCACAAUAGAAAUAAUAAACAGUGAUGACCAAACACAUUCCUUUGUGACUGCACAUUGCUGGGAAAGAUCAGUAGAAGUGGGUAAGCCAUCUUUUGGGGAACUUUGCCUUGCUGAUCUUCUCAUUGAGGAAUCUCUGAAAAACUUCCAAGGAACUCUCCCAUCCAUCCCCACUCUGAGUUUUCCGGAACACAGUCUGAAACUGCGGACAUGGAUAUGAUUUGUUAAAAAUGAACCAGUAAUAGCUGAGGCUUUGCCUAGUGCACCCUAGAGGUUUUAAGUUUGAGAAAGGUUGAGCACCUUUUCUUAAACGUUUGCACCUGCCAAUUUGCAAAGCUGGGUACCUUUGAAAAUGUACAAAUGCCUUUUACUGGCUUAGCUCAUUGUUAUGUGGCAGCAUCUUUCCAGAGUGUCAGGAGAGGAGACUCCAUUGGGAGAGGAGAGCUGGUCUUCUGGUAGCAAGCAUGACUUGUCCCCUUAGCUAGGCAGGGUCUGUCCUGGUUGCAUAUGAAUGAGAGACUUGAUGUCUGAGCACUCUAAGAUAUUCCCCAUAGGGGAUGGAGCUGCUCUGGGAAGAGCAGAAGGUUCCAAGUUCCCUCCCUGGCAACAUCUCCUAGAUAGGGCUGAGAGAGACUCCUGCCUGCAACCUUGGAGAAGCCACUGCCAGUCUGUGAAGACAAUACUGAGCUAGAUAGACCAAUAGUCUGACUCAUUGUAUGGCAGCUUCCUAUGUUCCUAUGAGAUCUCUCAUUUUGUAAUGAGAGAUCACAGGCAAUCUUGUGCAUGCAAAGCAUGUGCUAUGGAUCCUCCAUUUUUGAAUUGUGCAUCAGACCUGUAAGCUCUGUGCUUUACUGCACACCUCUCCUGUAACAGAUUAUAUCUGUGCAAUGUGGGACAUCUAGGGCACGUGUCAUUUUUUUUAAAAAAAACCAAUUGAAACAAUUCCAGCUGUCAUUCUCUCUGCUUUAUCCAAAGCUCAAGUGUACCACACUUGUAGGGAUAAUGCAGUUUUAGGGUGAAGACAGAUGUAAUAUAAAAAGCUAACUCCUAGCAGAUCCCUCAGCUAUGAGGUGGCCUCACUCCACCCAACCUGUGUAACCUGAACGAUACACAUUCACUAGUGAACUGAAUGUCCAUUCAGUAACUUUUUUUAAAAGUUAGUGCCACUUGUCUAUCUGAUCAUUAUUACCUUGCUUAUUUUUUUAAGUGCUCAGUGCUCCGCAGAUUGAGUGUCACAGGAUGUGAGCCAAUCAGUGCUCUUUUAUUCGAAAUGAAAUUAAUUACAAUCUUCGUGGUUUAAUCCGAAUUAAUACAAAUUUUAGAAGCAUAUAACUGCCUUUCAAUUUUGCUAAUUUUACCAAGAUUCUUUUAGUUCUCCUUUAAAUUGUACAUACCAGUUAUCAUGCACCUCUUCAAAUUUGUAAUAUCUGAAACUUGAGAAGCCUGAUCAGCAACUACCUUUUAAUAAGGGUCAUAUUUUAAAUUAGGAAUGGGCUGAAAGUCCAGCAACGCCGACUGCUUAGUCUGCUGUGAACCAAGUUUUAGGAAACUGGCUAAUCUAAUCCCAAGAUUAACAGCUGAAUUGCAAUAAUGCUUUUUAUUUGUGGAGUUCUGCCCUCAACUGCUCCUUGACAUUUGUCUGUGCCUUGGCUUACAAGAAUGAACAACUGAAGGACAGAAGAGGAAAGCCACCAUUGGUGUGUACAGACUAGAGAGGGGAGACUUAAAGAGCUCUUUGGGUCUCCGUUAAGGAAAAGGACUGUGGGAUGUAAGAGCGGAGAAGGGAUCCUUGGGAUCUGAUGCUUUGCAGAGGCCACAUUAAGCCCCUGGGUCUUCAGUUGUCUAUCCUUCAUGUAGGAUCUUUGGACAAUGACAGGUUAUCAAAAAUAUAUUAACAUUCUUUUUCUGUUAGCCUUAAAUUCUUUGAAAAUCUAAUCUACAAUUCCACAAACAGAAAUGUACAAUUGAUUGAAUUGUAUCUACAAACCCUGAAACAGAAAUGUACAUUAACUGAACAAGUACAAGUGUAUUGUCAGAGCUCUUUUAGUUUUGCAAGGUGAACAUUAUUGGUUUUAGUUCAACAUUUUGUGUUUUAUAGACCUCUUAUGGCAUGAAGUGAUAUCAUCAUUCCUUGGUGGGAAAGAAACCCCAAAGGGACAAAAGAGGCUGCUUCCACGUAGAGAAAUAAACUGACUAUAUUUGUAGUCAUUUUGCCAUAUUGCUAUUUAUACUACUCUGGGGAAGUAUUUUUAGUGGAUAAAACUGUGAUUCAAUGCCUUUUGUUAAAGAUAUUUUAAAAGGUGGAACUAGGAUACAGUUACAUGUAUGCAGUUGAUGUGAACUGUUUGAAAGAAAUUCCUAGUGGAGACCAUUGGAGGAGCUAGACAAAGCAAAUGAUGUUGCAAAAAGAAGAGCUUUUUAAAAGUCAUUUUCUUGCUAGUCAGUCGGUCAUAAAGCUCAGGCAUAAGGUAUGUGGAUAUUAGGUAGGUGCUCUGGGAAAAUAGAGUGAGCUAACCAGAAAUCUCUAACCAGAAAUGCUAACCAUUUGAGCAGAAGGGAAGAACUAUAUAGUCCUCUGCCUUGGGGAAAAAAAGUUGUAAUAAAUGCUCUGAUCAGAAUAAGUAGAUCACAGAAAAAUUAGUCUCAUACAUCAUGCCUGUAACCAUGGCAUGCCAGUUGCUAUGCAUGUCAUGUACAAAGUUUUGAGAUAAACUGAUUGGGUCUUUAACAGCACAGGGUCAGCGAGAGAAUGUAAAGGAAUGGCAUCUUCAGCUCCAUGUUAUAUAGCAUGAGAUGUGCUAACAGUCUAUUAAGACUCAUAUAUAUUAUUGUUCACAUUCCAGUCUCCUAGCAGUACAAGGUUAUGGCAUGUGAUUAAUAUAGAUAAAUGCAUAUCUAACUUGAAAAUACUCCACUGCCCAUUUCAUGUCCUGUUGCAAUCACCGAUUUAACUGGAACUAAGGGACUUUUAAGCAAGUUAUUCCAAUGUAUCACCUGCUGAGUGUACAAUUUGAGGUGAUUGCAAGCGUAAAUACAGGUGUAAGUCAUUUGAGGACAAAGGAUUUGCAUGUGUAUAAGAAGAAAAUUAAUUCCAUAUGGCUUUUUAAUCUAUUCUAUUACAUCUUUAUUAUUAUAUUUUACAUCAUGUCACUAACACUUCUCUGCAAUAUGCUGCUGUAGUUUAGCAAAGGUGUGAAAUCUCAUUCAUUUCUGAGUUUAUUCAAAUGUUUGUUUGUUUGUUUGUUUUUGUUUGUUUGUUUAACCCAUGCACAUAAGCAGAGAUUGCCAUGGUUUUACAAAUGAGCUUGGUGUUUUACUUCAAUGUACAAUAAAUUCCACCUCUAUACUUA